ACAGUUGUUAAUAUCAUGUUAACGUUGUUUUGCGAACAGCGGAACGUAAUUUUUAUUUUAUAGUCAUUUUAAAAUCUAUAGAAAUGGGGGAUAAAUUAGAUAUAAUAAUUUUUGGAGCAAGCGGCUAUACUGGCCGAUUCGUGAUUGCUGAGAUGAUACGAAUAUGCCGGAAUUACCCGGAUAUCCGUUGGGCAAUCGCUGGUAGAUCUAAACAAAAAUUGGAGGCUGCUUUGCUAGUUGCCAAGGACAAAGCAGAAGACGUAUCCAGAAUCCAAAUAAUAAUAGCUGAUGCGGAAGAUGAAGAAUCUCUUAAGGCAAUGUGUCGUUGCUGUAAACUCGUAAUGAACUGUAGCGGGCCGUUCAUGUGCUAUGGAGAGGCACUUGUCAAGGCAGCCAUUGAAUGUAAAAUACAUUACAUAGAUGUGUGCAGUGAGUUUACGUUUUUGGAAACCAUCAAGAAAUAUGACGCCGCAGCAUGCGAUAGUGGUGUAUUAGUGAUCAAUGCGUGUGGUCUUGGAUGCCUAACUGCUGACCUGGGAGUCCUUUUCCUACAACAGCAGUUCCAAGGAACAUUGAAUUCGGUAGAGGCAUAUCUGACGACGCAGCCAGAAGCGAUCAGAGGUUUGCCAAAGAACGUCAUCAGGAAUAGUACGUGGGAGGCUUUGAUCUUCGAUGCUAUGGCGAAGCCUUUUUGGGGCAGUUCAAAAAAAGUAGGAGAUCUUAAAUUGGAGCCGGAAUUGAAGACAAGGAUUUUCGUGCAUAAGAGGUUCAAUCGCUGGUGCGUACCAUUCCCAGGGUCAGAGGAAAUCGUUGUUCAGCGAACCCAGAAUUAUUUUAAACACUCUCGCCCAGUACAGUUUAAGCGUUACCAUUCCCUACCAUCUCUUAUCACUUCUCUUGCUUCCUUUAUUGGUGGCUUCUUCAUCCUCUUUCUAUUGAAAGUCUUCUGUUUAUCUUCGUUCUUUUUAAAAUACCCACGGAUCGCCUCAUUGGGGUUGGUAACGUAUGGGGAUCCAGAUGAAAAGAUAAUGGAAAGAUUGAGAUUUGAUUAUCUGAUGGUAGGAGUUGGGUGGAGGGGAGAUGUAAAGGGAGCUCCGCGGGACGAGAUGAUAGUCGAAGUUUACCCAAUAGGUAAACGAAAUGCGCCAUACGAGGGAACGGCGAUUGCUGUGAUCUACUCUGCCCUCACUAUUCUUACGGAGAGAGAGAAAAUUCCCAAGUGUGGAGUUUUAACGCCCGGAGCAGCCUUCAGAAACACAUCAAUUAUUGAUAAAUUGAACAACGAUAACUUGAAAUUCGAAAUCAAGGCCACGAAUAAAAUUUAAUUACA